AUGGCAUUUCCCAAGAACGUGGGCAUCAAGGCCCUUGAAAUCUAUGUUCCGAGCCAGACCCUGGAUCAGGCCCAGUUUGAGACUCACCAGGGUGUAUCUGCUGGAAAACACACCAUUGGCCUUGGGCUAAAGUCGAUGAACUUCUGUAACGAUCGCGAAGAUGCCACUUCUCUUGCAUUGACUGCCGUUUCGUCGCUCCUCCGCAAAUACGCAAUAGACCCGCAGUCCAUCGGCCGGCUCGAAGUCGGUACAGAAUCCCUCAUCGACAAGGCCAAAUCGGUCAAAUCCGUUCUCACGCAGUUGUUCGGCGACAACCACGCCCUGGAAGGUGCGGACACGGUAAAUGCCUGCUACGGCGGUACCAACGCACUAUUGAACGCUAUCAACUGGGUUGAAUCGCGCUCAUGGGACGGCAGAGAUGCAAUCGUUGUCGCCUCCGACAUCGCCAUCUACAAAGACGCUGCUGCGCGACCUACCGGAGGAGCAGGUUGUGUAGCGAUGCUCGUCGGCCCAGACGCUCCCAUCGUUGCCGUCCCUACGCUUCGCGGCACAUACAUGACCCACGCAUACGACUUCUACAAACCCGACAUGAAAUCAGAGUACCCCCUCGUCGAUGGCAAACUCUCCAUCUCCUGCUUCCUCUCCGCCCUCGACGGCUGCUACAAGCAGCUUCGCGACAACGCCACCCGCCUUCUCACCGACGAUACCGCGCUGAAGCAGCGCAACCCAGACGCCGUAGCACUGCUGAACCGCGAGCGCAAAAGCUUAAUCGACGUCUUUGACUUCAUGGCCUUCCACACGCCAAACUGCAAGCUGGUCAGCAAAUCCUACGCUCGCCUGCUCUACAACGAUUUCCUCACCAACAAGUCCGACGUAGCGUUUAGUACUGUCGCCGAACCCCUUCGAGACCUGCCAUACGAAGAGUCGCUGAAGUCUAAGGAUCUGGAAAAGACGUUCAUCGGCCUCAGCAAAGAGCGUUUCGCCGCCCGCAUCGCACCGUGCAUUGAAGCACCAAGUCGCUGCGGGAACAUGUAUACGGCUAGUCUUUACUGCUCGUUGAUUAGCGUCCUGUCGUGCGUCGGCUCCGAAGGACUGCAGGGUAAGACAAUCGGCAUGUUCAGCUACGGCAGCGGGAUUGCUAGCACGCUUUUCACGCUGCAGGUCGUGGGCGAUGUGAGCGGGAUUGUUGAGAAGAUUGAUCUUGCGGGGAGGUUGCAGGAGAGGCAUGUUGCUAACCCGCGGGAAUAUGAAGAGGCCUGCACAUUGCGCGAAGCAGCAUACGGCCAGAAAUCCUACACGCCCAGCGGCGACUUGUCUACUAUCAACGAGGGCGCUUACUACUUGGAGCAUAUCGACGAGCAGUUCCGACGCACCUACGCUAUCAAGAAGACGACUACAAAUGGCACCAACGACUUGCACUAA